CGCACCGUGACGUCAUCCUUAGCGACUCACGUCACAAUCACCCCGUGUAUCUCCGUACAGUGCACAUCAUCUUCAAUCCCUGUCUGCAAGAACUAGAAUUUGAAAUUUAUAUACAUUUUUUUUUUUACAUUGUUUGCGACUUCGCUUGUGAGGACUCUCCAAUGGAUCCAUACGGCAACCCUAAUCGCUUGGCCAUUGGAUCAGCCUGUGGAGGGGGAGCAGAACACUCCGGACAAAUAGGUAUGGAGACGAAGAACGAUCAGACUUACUUUGUCGAUUGCUUGAACGUAUCGUGUAACAGCAACGACUGUUCGAGUUACUUUGAUGUGCCCGACUGCGUCACGGAUGUGUAUCUUCAAGCUUUGGACGGUGGGGACGAAAGCUUUGCUGCCUUGAGGCAAAUCAGCGAUGUUUUCGGGCAGAAAGACAAAAAAGAGUACGACAGGAAUUGCAACCACAACGUCAACCCCGAGCCCCUCCCCAACGAAGGUUGCGGGUGCACGGGCAGCUACAACGGAGGAGCUGGUGCCGGCACCGCGACCUGCUCCGGCUGCGACGACGGGAGGCCGUACGAGACCGGCUUCAACGACAAGAAACGAGAUAACGCCUGCUGCGGUUGCCCGAACGAUGCUUACAGGCCAGAGGUGGUGAACGUAAAGGUCAGCGGCACCUCUGAUUGGGCAACCGGAUGCAGCUGCGGCAACGCCGGCAGAAGCUGCACGUGCCAAGACACCUACCAGCAGGAGUUGGUCAACAAGAAGCCCGAGUGCACCGUCGAGUACAAGUACGUCGCCGAAAUGCCGCCGCCCAAACCUUACUGCGAAAAGGGCGACCCGUCGUGUUGCGGGAACAUGUGCUGCGCCCCGCCCGACACGUACGAGCUCGUCAAGAACACAGACGCCCAGCGAUACCAAGGUAAAGGCCCCGAUCGCUCCAAUUUCUACGCCGACGACUCCUGCGGCUGCCAGAACACCAGCAACAACAACCUCAACGUCGUCGAAUGGAACAACGACCUCAACUGGGCCGAGCUGAGGAAAUCCUCCUACAGCUCUACCUCCUCAAACUGCUGCACGUGUCGAUCCCCCAGCCCCGUCAGGAAACAGGCCGCGAUCUCCUGGGUCAACCACUUGGCCCAAACGGCCGACACCCGAAGCAGCAGAAGCAGACGCCGCAGCUCAAGCGUCGCCUUUUCCGACGACUACUCUGGCGACUUCCCUGAACCCCACGACUUCAAAGGCCCGCUCACGGUCGCCGUCCGUUCAACCUCGGCCGGAUCCAACAUUCGCCGAAUGCCUCAACCGAUUAUCGUGAAACCAAAGGAGGAAAGACGCGCUCAGGCCGUCGAGCGCUGCAGAGUGUGUUAAAACAGGCUCAAAUGUGUCCGCCCGCCCUUUACAGCAAGCCAUAGAUUUGCCUCAAAAGCACUUCUUACAAACUUCCGGGCGACAGUCCAAAACUUUUCCAUCGCUGCAUUGAACACAAGAUCGUUAACAAAAAGAAGAGAAAAAAAACCAACACCCCACCAAAGAAAGAAGAAAAAAAAUCUGAACCACUAACUGUAAGUACUCAUAAGCAAUAAGACAUUGUUAAAGUAACUCGUUCUCACGCACUGGGCUGCACCAUGCGACUUCGUGUGCCGCGGGAACUUAAUCAAAUUCGUGGUCAUGUGUGAAAGAACGGUUAAGAACUUAUACGCUCCACGACGGCCAUCGCAAACAUUCAACAACGAAUGCCGGGGAUCCACCAACCCGCCCAGGACAACCAUUCUUGUGUGGCCCAGCAUGCCAACUGUCGGGAACGAUUAAGAGAUAAUUCAAUGAACAACGAACUCUCCCCCCUAAGCAAGCGUUUUAACAUCCGGCCGGCGUCUUUCUUCAACUGUGACGCUGCCAUAACGAGAUUCGAGAGUAUAAAGUGGUGCUGAUGAUGUCAUCGGUUGAGACGGGAGUUUUAUCAUCGGAAGGAAAGGAAGUGACAUUGUCACAUCAACUUGUUAUGCUCUACAUAACUUUUUUUCAUUAAAAAAACUUUUUUUUAACAUUUUCUCUUUAUCAGUGAUAAUAGUUUUCUCUCGAGAAUAGAUUAUCCAUUCAUCACUGCGUCACAAUAGCCAAAUUAGAUGCACGGGGUCAAUAAAAUUAGCAUCAUCCAAAUUGUCCAGCUGUCUCUGUGUACAAUUGAUUGUAGUGUCCAUUUUUGUUUGUUGCCGACUUUGAAUUUUUUAUUUUUUUUUUGAAACAUUUAUAAAUUAUGCCAUGUUUUAAUGGCAGCGUGUUAUGUUGUUAAUAUAAGUGUUAGCCAACACUCGGG